GGAAUCGUGAAAUUGGGCCCCCGUAUUGGCUCGAGUUUUCUUUGGAUAUUCCUCUGUUUCCAAACACAAAAGGAGGUUCGGUUUCACUUCCUAUGCCGUAAAAAGACAAAAAAAAACACUGCUCCUGCUCCUGCUUCUGCUGCUGGGCGUUUCUUCUCAGCUCAGCUCUACAUUUCUGUUAAUUCGUCUCUGUUCGAAUUCAUAAAAUGACAAUUAGGGUUUUCUGGAUCCUCUUAGCUCUCCUUCUCUUUUCUUCACCAUUUCUUCAAGUUGCUAGAUGCCAAUCGGACCCUGAAACGGAAGUGGUUGAAGGCAGUGGAGAAGGAGGGGAUCUUGGAAUUGUUGGUGAUGAUGUGCAAGAUUUUGGCAGUGACAGUUUUAGUCCGGCACCUGGGAUUGAGACAAUUUGUGUUUUCCCUAAAAACCCAUCCAAGUCGGUGGCAGCUGGUGAGGAAAGUGAGCUGUUAGUUGGAAUGAAAAAUGACGGGGAUUCUAGUCUGAAUAUCAUUGCAAUCCAAGCCAGUGUUCACCUUCCUUUUGAUCACCGUUAUUUGGUUCAAAAUCUGUCCGUACAGGCUUUUAACAAUGCAACAGUUCCACCUUCAGCCCAGGCAACUUUUCCAUAUAUAUUUGCUGUCAGCAAAUUUAUGCAGCCUGGAAGUUUUGAUCUAGUUGGCACUAUUGUUUAUGAGAUAGACCAGAACCCUUAUCAGAGUACAUUCUACAACGGUACUAUUGAAGUGACUGAGCCUGGUGGUCUUCUCAGUGUUGAGUCUGUUUUCUUGUUCUGUCUUGGAAUUGCCCUCCUUGGCCUUCUUGGAUUCUGGAUACGUGGUCAGAUACAAAAUCUCUCAAAGAAAACUAAGAGAGCACCAAAGGCAAAGGUUGAAGUUGGAACUGCAACAACAGAUGCAUCCAUGGAUGAAUGGCUUGAGGGAACUGCAUAUACUCAAUCGCUUUCCAACAAGUCGAAGAAGAAGAAGUGAAUUACUUAGGUUCUGAUGUCCCAAGCAGUAUGUGGAGGCUAAAUUCCCAGUUAGACUGGAUUUACGCACAGUUAAAAACGUGCAAUAGGUUUAAGAAUUAGAAGUGAUAGAGCUUCUUUACUGUUGUAGCAUGAGGAAAAACCUAUCAGCCUUUGUCUUUUUAGUGCCAAACUGACUGGUAGUUGGAGGUGACCAAGACAAUUGUCUAACAUAUUCUCUUUUUUCUGUUCAACAAGUUUAUUAUUUUCUUGGUAGAUAGAUUGGUCAUUCUUAUGGUCUU